AUGGCAUAAAAGAGAUAACUGAAAUAACCAGACCCUGGUCAAGUAGUAAAUAAGGACAUAGUCUUUAGUGAAAACAUUAGAAAUGAAAUGAAAUUCUUUGAUAAGAAUAGAACCGAACAUUUUCAAUUAAAUCCAAAUAGAGGUAUUUAUUAUUUCUUAUCCAUUUCAGUUGUCAUUUUAGCUGAAAAACCUAAUCAUAUAAGUAUAUAUCAUAAUGAAAUAACAAGAACCUUAAUCACAUUAAUCAUCUAGAAAGGACAAAGAUAAUGAUAUCUUUGGAAAUCCAUAUACAGAUGAUCCUGUUGAAGAAGCAUUUUCAAAUUAGAAAUUAGAAAAGACUUUAGAAUUAAGAAAUUAAAUUCCAAGAUAAAAAUACAAUUUCCCAAUGACAUAAAAUUAAGAAAUUGGUUGGUUUGCUAACUAAUUAGUAAAAUUUUCCAUAAUAUUUUUUUAGAAUGUCUAUAAACCAACUAAGAAUUUUGCAAAUUAACAAUGUGAAAUCACUAAAUUUGUGGAUAACUAUUUUGAAAUGACUCAUGAAAAUCCAUUCAAAAAGAAAAGAUCUUGAUC